UAUAUAGCACAUCACACAACCUCCAUUUGGAUCUCUCCCUGUUUAGGAUAUCCUUCCUUCUCCAUACUAAAACCCCCUUCAAGAGCUCCUCGGACAUGAGCGCUCCCGUGGUGAACCUCAACUUCCUGCGCGCUGGCAGCCGCGGUGCCUCCGUAAACUACGGCGGCGCUAUGCCCAACAUGCACAUGGCGGCCAUGGACGACCUGACCCCAAGCGCUCCCGACGCACUGGCCGCUGGUUUCAUGCUACCGCCCGUGGCCGACCCGGCCGCUUACUCUCGCGAACACUUCAAGGUCAAAUACACGGAGGACAAUGAGCAGUCACUGCAGUUCGCCAAGGGAACGACCACACUGGCUUUCAUCUACAACGGCGGCAUCGUCGUGGCGGUGGACUCGCGCUCCACAAUGGGUCCGUUCAUCGCGUCCCAACAGGUUAAGAAGGUGAACCCCAUCAACGACUACAUCCUCGCCACGUUGGCCGGCGGUGCCGCCGACUGUCAGUUCUGGCAGCGUAACUUGGCCGUCCAGUGCCGCAUGUACGAGCUACGCAACCGCCACCGCAUCUCGGUGCGCGCGGCAUCGAAGCUCAUCGCCAACACGUGCAAUUACUACAAGCGCUACGGAAUGUCGCUGGGUAUGAUGAUGAUGGGCUACGACAAUGGCAAGCCUGUGCUCUACUAUGUGGACGACGAGGGCUCUCGCAUUCCGGCCAGUAAGGACGUGCCCAAGUUCAGCGUCGGCUCAGGUUCCACUUACGCCUAUGGUGUACUGGACACUAACUGGCGCUGGGACCUGACGGACGACGAAGCCGUGGAGCUCGGCAAGCGCGCCAUCUACCACGCCACACACCGUGACGCAUACAGUGGUGGCUUCUGCAACGUGUUCAUCUUCAAACCCGAAGGAUUCAAGCACGUGGUGCACCAGGACGUCAAGGAGAUGCACGACUACGGACGCGGCAACUAAGUGGAUACAUCGAGCUGUUACUUGAAAUCUACAGAGUAGAACCGGUAGACUGAAGGACCAGCUAUGCGGUUUAAUACACUGCAAUUUGCCCAGAACGAUCAACACUUAAGAUACACACACUAAACGCUGCUUACUCAU